AUGGCGGAUUCCUAUACCUGCAAAGGUGGAAGGAAAACUGCAGGCUCUAACAAACCCACUGCCAGCAAGGAAAGCAGGACGGAGACAAGGAUAAACCCACCGUCAGAGCUGCCCAAGCUGGGAAAUGCAACCAGUGACAAAACUGAAGGCAGAAAGAAAGGACGACCUAAGGCUGAGAACCAGGCACUGAAAGACAUCCCUCUCCCCCUGAUGAACCAGUGGAAGGACGAAUUCAAAGCCCACUCCAGGGUGAAAUGUCCCAAUUCAGGUUGCUGGCUGGAGUUCCCCAGCAUUUAUGGCUUGAAGUACCACUAUCAGCGCUGCCAAGGGGGUGCAAUCUCGGAGAGGCUGACAUACUCAUGUUCAUACUGUGAAGCUGCCUUCACCUCCAAAACCCAGCUGGAAAAGCAUCGGCUCUGGAAUCACUUGGACCGGCCUGUGCCAACCAGCAAAGCAGAAAACAAAGUGCCCAAAGCCAUUGGGAAGAGCAGUGGAAAGAAAAGAGCUGCUGAGAGUUCAGCUUGCCCCACCAUCCAUCCCAAACAGGCAAAGACGGAAAAAGCCGUGGCCCAGGAGCACGCAGAGAAUGGCGAGUGCCUGGCGGAGAGCCGGGAGAGCAAGGAGUUCCAGAUCGCCGCGGCUGAGGCCAUGGCACGCGGCAGCCAGGCCUCGCUGCAGGAGGAAGACCCUGAGAGGAUGAAGCACAGAAGGAAACAGAAAACUCCUAAGAAGUUUACGGGGGAGCAGCCAUCCAUCUCGGGGACAUUUGGACUGAAAGGUCUUGUCAAAGCAGAGGACAAGGCAAAAGCCCAUCGAGCCAAGAAAUUGGAGGGAAACACCAACGUGGAGGAACUGAAAAAGAAACCUCCAGGAGCUGGUGUGAAGAAGGAAACAGCUGUUCACCUACCAGCAGCAAACCCCGAGGACCAGUGGCAGCGAGAGAUCAGCGAAAAGGGCGAAGUUUCCUGUCCAACUUGCAGUGUUAUAACCAGGAAAACUGUUGUGGGGCUCAAAAAGCACAUGGAUGUCUGCCAGAAACUGCAGGAUGCCUUGAAGUGUCAGCACUGCAAAAAGCAGUUCAAGUCCAAAGCUGGGCUGAAUUACCACACCAUGGCUGAGCACGUCAGCAAGCCUGUUCCCGUGGAAACCACUGGACUUGGUGAACGAAGGAAAGUGCUAAAGCAGAUGGGAAAACUGAAAUGCCCCAGUGAGGGCUGCGUGGCCAACUUCUCCAGCCUGAUGGGCUACCAGUACCACCAGAAGCGGUGCGGGAAGCAGCUUGCCGAGGCUGACAAGCCUGUUUUCAGCUGUCCACACUGCAGCAAGAAGUACAAAUCCAAGGCUGGCCACGACUACCAUGUGCGGUCAGAACACACGGCCUCGGUGAGCCCCACGGACGCCUCGGCAGCCCGAGGAGCAGGGCCAUCCCCCCCCGGGGGGUACUGCAGAGCUGCGGAGCCCGUGGGCAGGACAGAGCCGGGCAGGGCCGGGCCGGGCAAGCCUCCAGAGGAGCCAGAGGUGAAGCCAGAGCCUGCUCCCGUGGAAGAUUUUGAGAGGACCCCAAGUGGCCGCAUCCGUCGGACAUCAGCCCAAGUAGCUGUUUUCCACCUUCAGGAGAUAGCGGAGGAUGAGCUCGCCAGGGAUUGGACCAAGCGGAGGAUGAAGGACGACCUGGUACCUGAAACAAAGCGGCUCAAUUACACCCGGCCAGGACUUCCAAAGCUCAAUCCCAGGCUGCUGGAAAACUGGAAGAACGAAGUGAAGGAGAAGGGCCGCAUCAACUGUCCCAACAACUGCUGUGAAGCCAUUUACUCCAGUGUUUCGGGGCUGAAAGCUCACCUGGCCAACUGCAACAAGGGAGACCACUCGGUGGGCAAGUACCGCUGCCUCCUGUGCCAGAAGGAGUUCAGCUCUGAGAGUGGCGUCAAGUACCACAUCAUCAAGACUCACUCGGAGAACUGGUUCCGAACCUCCUCAGAGGCCAGCCGGAAAAAGAAAAACAGGGAACAGCUUUCUUCCAGCAAAGAGGAGGAAAAGAAAAGCACAAACGGGAAGAAAAGGGGGAGAAAACCCAAGGAGAGGCCUCCGGAAAUGUCCCUGAAGGGCAGAGAGAGCGUGGCAGCAAAGACUAAUCACAAGAAAACCCUCGAGCACUGGGAAGGCUCCCGGAGCAGCCCCGAGGGGGACGAGC